AAAUGAAGCUUCGCAACCUCGCAGCUUAAAAAAAAAAGCCUGGAGGGAGGGCCUUCUGCUCUUGGCCAAUGCUUUGCUGUCUGCUGACGUACAGUCCAAUCACAAGUCGUAUUUACUGGAAAGGUGGGAUUGACCGACUGCUCCGCCAAUGACGAAAGCGCACAGGAUACGCAAACAGAGGAUCUCUGGCCACAUGUCGGUCCCGUCUAGAGCUGCAAGAACCGCCGUUGAAAGAACCGCGCCCAUGGCUGGGAGAGAGGAGGAAUAUACUGCAAUAGCUGAUGCUGCACAGUCACUAAUAUCAUUGAUUUCGAGAAGACAGCAACAACCUGAAGGCAGUGGUCAAGGAGGAAGAGGGCAACCACCUCGAAGGUUGCAGUCUGAUGGACACAACACCCCAAGUACAUCAGUUGGAACAAGUCAGCUGCCGACGAUCCAAAAUGAAAUGCAGAGGUCAUUUCCAGGUUAUUUUCGUCGUGAAAUGAUUCGCUCCAAGAAACGCCCUGCUGCUCUAUCCAAAAUAUCUCCAGCGAUAGCCAUAAAAUAUGUCAGGCUUCAGUUUUUGGUGCUGUCUAGUCCGACUGAUCGCACACCAAAGCCAUCUGAAGAAAUCAAACUCCUCGAGGCAGGCUUGGGGAAAAGAACCAUGACAGUGGCUGAUAACGCUUGCCAUGAGGAGAUUGUCUGUCAACUUGAAGAGCAGUACCCCAAGUUGAAGCAGUUGUCCGGAGGCUGGCUAUGUUAUAAAUCAACAGGUGGUCAAGGACAGAGAAAAUUGAGUGUUGUCGCUACAGAGUCUGAGGGCUACACUGGACGACUCCUUAAAACGGUCACAAAUAAUGGCAAACUAAUUCUGUACAUUGUCCCACUACAAGAGGAGCUAGAUGCAAGCCCCCUCCCCCACAAUGCUCCAGAAUUUUCCAAAAUGCCAAAGUCCUCAUGCAAAAACUGUGGAGUUGUUAUGCCUUUACAGUUCCUGGCUCUGCACAUCAAAUCUUGUAAUGCUGAAAUUAGCAGUGAUGAGCCUGAAAUUGUCAGUAUUGAAGAGAAAGAAGUCAAUACUACAGAAGUAUGCCCAAUAUGUGAAAAACAAUUUCCCAGAGAGGAUAUUGCAUACCAUGCCAGCUUUUGUGGAGAUGGAUUUCCAGAAGACACCUUGAUGCCAUUACUUGAAGAUGAUGCCAGAGAGGGGACUUCAAGCACAAUUGAUCUCUUGCCUCAUGGUUCCAGGACUACAGAACAAAGCACCAGACCCAACUGGUGUAGUCAAUGA